AUGAAACACCUGAAUUCAGUGACUAAGAGGGCUUUUGUGGGAGUGUCCCAAAACUUGCCAAACAGCACUUUUGAGGAGCUGGGUUCCAUGGUGGAACAGGCCACGACAGACAUGUUCCAGAGUGAGGUGUGCGUAUCGCACACCCUGGUGGAGAAGAAUGCACUAAAGCAUUGCUGUGAGAUGUCCAGGCCCAACAGAACCCGCUGCUUUGUCCAACACAAGUCCAAGAUCCCCAGUGAUCCAUUGCCGAAGAUAGAGAUGUCAGAUCAAGAUCAGUGUGAGAACUUCAAGAAGAAUGAAAGUAUCUUUAUUGGCAAAUUCAUCUUCCAUUUAGCCAAGCAAUUUGUAAUGACCCAGCCCCAGAUCAUCAUUAUGAUGGCAGAAAAAUAUCAGAAGCUUAUGAAGAUUUGCUGUGGCAGAGAAUACUCUCAGUACUGCUUUGCAUACAUGAAAAAAGACUUGAGAUUGUCUGCUCAGAGACGCCUGUUUGAGCUGAGGUCCAACUGCAUUGUACAGCAGAAAUAUGGGGAUAGUACCAUCAAGGACAGGAAAAUGGCCCAGUACAGCCAGAAGAUUCCACAAGCCUCCUACGAGCUGAUGGAAAACAUGACUGAUAAUACUGUGGCCAUAACGGCUGUCUGCUGUGAAGGGGAUAUGAUUAGCUGCUUGAGGCAGAGGUCUGAGUGCUGCGAGCAGAGCACCAAGGACCGGGGCUCGUGCAUGAGAGAGACGUCAGCUGGGGAGAAGCCGGAGGGCCUGUCUAAGUACUACGAUGUCAAGGCUCACCUGCAGGAGACAUGCCAAAGUUUUGAGAAGCAUCCUGAGAAAACCAUGAGAAAAAUUAUUUUUGAGAUCAGCAGACGUCACCCAGAGACCUCUGUUGAGGCCAUUCUGCGCUACGUGACAAAGAUUAAAGAAUCUUUGUUCCAGUGCUGCAGCCAUGAAAACUUGGAGGACUGCUACAUCUUCAGUCCCGGUGGUCUUCAUGGCUUCAAGAAGGAGAGUGAUAGUGAAUGGAGCCUCUACCUUGGAAUGUGUCACGAGAAAUCAGGUGGAAAAGCCAACAUCUUUGAGAAAAGACUUUACAAAGAAAUGAUCCAGUUCCAUUUGCAAUACGUGUACCCCUCCUGGUCCAGAAUGUUACCUCAGGCCACAUUUCUACAGAUGGAUGCCAUAUCUGAAGUACUCUACGAUAUCAUGAAACACUGCUGUAGUAUAGACCGUGCGUUUGGCAUCCUACCAUGUGCCACGACAAAGGUGACGGCCUUCCUUGACAACAUGUGCCAGGAUAUGCCCCCAGAGAACCGGAAUCCACAGGUUAUCAAGUGCUGUAAUGAGUCCCACAGUGAAUGGAGGUUCUGCAUUGGAGACCUGGAAGCUGACGAGAAUUUCCAGUCCCCGCCAUUCACAGAGGCGAACUUUCGCUUCAACGCUAGUGUCUGCGACAAACGUGCCGAUGAGCGGCUGCAAUCUCAAAAGAGGCUGCUAUACGACAUUGUCCGCCUCAGCAUGAAAUUGCCGCCAAACCUGGCGAUGACCAUCUUCGAUAAGUUCGACCAAAUGCUUAGUAAGUGCUGCGAGGAGGCUGACAAAGACACCUGCCUCACUACAGAGGGCACGAAACUGAUAUUACACAUAAAGAUAUUUGUGGAGGAAUGAAGGUUUUAGGUAUGAGGGGGAUCUGCUUGGAUAUUUCUUCAGCUGUCACUAUUGCCUUGCUCAGCAUGAAUCAACCUCACACCAGCCAUGUCUGUCUCCUGCACCUCAAGACGACCUCAUUGAGCCCAUUUGAUCAUAACUGACUAACCAUAAAUCAUCAUAACUGACU